CACAUUAUGGUGUGACACACACCGACGUACACAGAACAGCAUGGCAGAAUGAGCUGCCGCUAAACCUUAAGGAUCGCUCAUGAAAACGGAUGAGAUAAGGUUAACAGUUCGUCUGGGCUUCAUUAAUAUAGUAAACUAAUAAUAUCCCGUCUGUCUGGAUAGCAACACAUUUGCUUUAGACAGACCGUCGCUCAAGUGACACUUUCCAGGACGCGGCGUGGUUUCGAACAACUUGACGCAAACUCACCAGUCGUCCAUAAUGAAGGUGGUUUUUAGAGAUAACAGCGCUAAAACUGCUACAGCUAAAACCCCAGGCACGGCGGCACCAGCUCCGAAGAAAAAAAUGAAGAUUUUCUUUAAAGAUACUCGCAGGAAGAAGCAGGGAGGACCUCAACCCGUCAAUGCCCCCCUCGCACCCCCAUCAGACCCAAAGCAGUUCUCUGCCAACUGGAAGGCUUUAUUAGAGAUCAUGAAGGCUAACCCAGAGCCGAAGGCGCAGAAGAGUGAUGUGCCCAAGGAACCCUCUCCCAAAGAGGUUAACGGUACUACCAAACCUCUUCCCGCAUCGUCUUUGACAAACGGAGGAAAAGCAGCCAAAUCCAAAACACUGAGUAGUAAAGAAACGGUUACACCGGCAGAGGAACGUAAUAAACCAACCAAGAAGAGGAAAGGGACCGGAGGGAAAGACGAAAAGAAACCAGCCAAGAGGAAAGAGAGUGGAGGAAAAGACGAACAGCAGCCAGCCAAGAAGAAAGCGAAGGAAGGGAGAGACGACCAGCAGCCAGCCAAGAAGAAAUACAAGGGGGGGAAAGACGGACACCAGUCAGACAAGCAGGAGAAGGGGGCCCAGGAGCCAAGACCCCCAACUGACGCCGACCUGUGGUUCGACGACGUGGACCCGGAUGACAUCGAGGCGACUGUGGGGAAGGAGGCGGCUGACGUGGUGAGGAGGAGGACGGUCCAGAAGAAGGCCCCCCAGCACGCUGAGGACGGCCUGGUCAAGAGCCACGCCUUCACCGGGCUGACGCGUGCGGUGGCGAUUGACUGUGAGAUGGUGGGGGUGGGGCCAGACGGCGAGCACAGCAUCCUGGCCCGGGUCUCCAUCGUCAACCACUUCGGGAAGCUGAUCUACGACCGCUUCGUCAAGCCUACCGAGGAGGUGACCGACUACCGCACGGCCUUCAGCGGGAUCCGACCCGAGGACAUCAAAGACGGUGAGGAUAUGAAGACUGUUCAGAAGGAGGUAGGAGAGAUCAUGGAGGGAAGGAUACUGGUCGGACACGCAAUACACAACGACUUAAAGGUCCUCUUCCUAGACCAUCCCAAGAAGAAGAUCCGUGACACCCAGAAGUACAGACCCUUCAGAGUGAGAGUUAAGAGCUCCCGACCGUCCCUCAAAGUUCUGUCCAGAGAGGUGCUGAACGUCAAGGUUCAGCAGGGAGAACACUCCUCAGUGCAGGAUGCCCAGGCCACGAUGAGGCUCUACACGAUGGUGAAGAAAAACUGGGAGGCCGAGAUCAAAGCCAGUCGGGCCGAUAAGGCCGAGGCCAGGAAGCCCCGCCCCUCGGCCCUCAAGCCCCACCCCUUCAAAGACAAGUGACCCCACAACCCCCCUAACCCCACUGACAAACAAUUGAUCGCGACUCCAUCGCAGCAGAUGGACUUUUAUUGUGAGAGAAAAAGACAAGAUGACCACGAACCGGAAAAAGUACAACAAACAAGAGAAACUUUCAAAGAAAAAGUCCAGUAAAAAAGUUUGUAAUGUUAUUAUAAUGUAUAGCUGUAUUAUUAUAUAUGUAGCUUUAUUACUUCAGUUCACUGAGUUUUAAAACUAACAUGUAUAGACGAUAUACGUUAACAGUAGAUUCUAUCUACACCGAGCAGCUGUUUGAUUAGUUCCCUAAGGUCGUGCUCUGUGUUUGUGUUCUCAAUAAAGAUGAUUUUAAACAAUG